GUUUACACAUAAACCUCGAACCGAGCUAAAAAAUAAAGGAAAAUACCCUCUAUGUAUAAACCCUAAUUGGCAAAAUUCUCUCCUUGCAAACGUGCAUUCCUUUUAUUUUCCUAACCAGGUUGCCCCUCUCCCUCUCCCUCUCUACAAUCAACAAAAGCAACAACAGUAUUAAGUUUUUUUGCAAUCAUGGCAACAAGGCUUAUGUUCGAGAAUUCAUGUGAAGUUGGUGUCUUUUCAAAGCUCACUAAUGCAUAUUGUUUGGUUGCUAUUGGUGGUUCUGAGAACUUUUAUAGCACAUUUGAAGCAGAGUUAGGAGAUGUUAUUCCUGUUGUUAAAACUUCCAUUGGAGGUUCUAGAAUCAUUGGUAGACUUUGUGCAGGAAACAAAAAUGGAAUUCUCUUGCCGCAUACUACUACCGAUCAAGAACUUCAACACUUAAGAAACAGUCUACCUGAUCAAGUUGUGGUUCAGCGAAUUGAAGAGAGAUUAUCUGCAUUGGGAAAUGGUGUAGCUUGCAAUGACCAUGUUGCUCUAACACACACUGAUCUUGACAAGGAAACAGAGGAAAUGAUUGCUGAUGUUCUUGGAGUAGAAGUGUUUAGGCAGACUGUUGCUGGUAAUGUUCUUGUGGGCAGCUACUGUGCUUUCUCCAACAGAGGUGGAUUGGUGCACCCCCACACAUCCAUUGAAGACUUGGAUGAACUCUCAACCCUCCUUCAGGUGCCUUUAGUGGCUGGAACCAUAAACCGUGGCAGUGAAGUGAUAGCUGCUGGCUUGACCGUGAAUGACUGGGCUGCCUUUUGUGGGGCAGACACUACUGCUACUGAACUUUCUGUUAUUGAGAGUGUUUUCAAGUUGCGGGAAGCUCAGCCAAAUGCCAUAGUGAAUGAGAUGAGGAACUCUUUGAUAGACAGCUAUGUAUGAACCAGUGAUGUUGGCCAACUGUCAAAUAUAUUAAUGGUGCUAUCUUGCUGUAAAGCUGAAUCGCUUGAUAUUCCAAAUUGAAAGUAUGCUGAUGCUCGAAAUCACAUGUUUUGUUAUUAAAGAUCAAGUUUGGUUCAAACAA